CCUCCUCACUUUCACCUAAUUCUCUGAAAACCCUAUAUUGGUAAUCACUGCUUACCCAAACCAAAACCCCAUCUCCAACCUCUCCAUGAUCUGCAGCACUCUGCAAACUUAUAAGCUAGCUCUUCAGAUACACAACGUACGUGAAGAAUGGAAGCCCGCUGCCGCAAAGUUCUCGUCUUUUUAGUCCCUCCUCUCCAACCCUCUACAAAAACUGAUCCAUUAUCACCGCCACCAGUACCAGGGAUAACACCGGAGCAGUACCAGUCGUCCCAGCGCCGACGUCGCCCGGAAAGAACUUGGACCUUUUCUCCCCGCUCGGAUCUUCCAACUUGGUUGAACCGGCUACCGGGAGUGGAGCCGGGGACGAUACAGGCUCUGCCGGUGUACUCUUACGGCGGCGGGAAGGAGAAGUUUGAGAUAAAGGAUUGCGCCAUCUGUCUUGGAGAGUUCGAGGAGAACGAGGCGGUCAAGGAGAUACCGUUUUGUAAGCACGUGUUUCAUCCCCACUGCAUCGACAGAUGGCUAUGGUCUCACGUGGCGUGCCCAGUCUGCCGGUCCUUUCGGUUAUUCGAUGACGAGGGUGUGAGCCAGAGCAACUCGGCGAUUACAAGAUCGACGGCCGGAAACCAAGACGAGUGUGUAUAGGUGAUCAGAGUGGCGGCGGACAUGGAAUCACAUGGUACUUUUGGUUUGAGGAAUAGUAGCAGCUGUUCGAGUUUUGGGUCAGAACCAAUUAGCAUGUUGCCAAGAACAUAUAGUUUUUAAAUUUAGUUUUUUUUUUUUUUAGGACAGUUUUUAAGGAUCGAAUACGGCCUGCUGCUGACAUUUUAAAGCUUUUGUACCAUAUAACA